AUGGCUUCAACUCUGACUGAGUAUCUUGCCUCACAAGAACAUCUUGUUCGAGAGGCGGCGCUUGCUCUUCCACACCAGUUCUCCCAAUGCACAUAUUCGCUUGGGUCCCUUAGACAAGCAGUCUACUUGUGUGUUACUUGUCCUGAAUCUCGCGGAUUGUGUUCAGCCUGUUCAGUUGCGUGCCACACAGAUCAUGAACAGAUUGAGUUAUUUCCGAAGCGCAACUUUCGAUGUGACUGUCCAACUACCAGUAUAGCUCAUCCUUGCACACUCAAUACAACUUUGAAGGAUGAGAAUACUACCAACGUAUAUGGUCAGAAUUUCGAAGGCAAAUUUUGUCGAUGUGGAAGACCAUAUGACGCGAAAACAGAACGAGAAACGAUGAUUCAAUGUCUUGCUUGCGAGGACUGGUUUCACGAAUCAUGUUGCAAUCUUCGGCAGCGACCAACCUCCAGAGAGCCCACUCCCCAGCCUGAGCAAUCAGAAACGCCAGUGAACGGUGAAGAUAACGAAGACGCCGUGUCAGAGGCUUCCUCUUCAGGACUUCCUCCUCCUCUUAUCUCUGCGUCUGAAUAUGAGAGCUUUAUUUGUGGUUCUUGCGUUUCAAAUAUCGAAACCCUAAAGAAGUGGGCUGGGACUCGGGGUGCUAUGAUGGUCGUACGGAAUAGCACUACUGAACCUUGGAGGUGUCUCAAUGGCGAUACACAACAUCCGGAAGAGCUUGUUACCGUCGACGAUUCUUCUACUACAUUGACCUCUGGUGCAAAACGGCCGCUUUCACCAUCCUUGGCGCAGGAACCAGACGCAAAACGGGCUCGUGGCACUUCAAGUUCUAGUGCAACCUCACCACCAUCAAACGCAUGCAUUGCCCCUCCACGUAACCCAUACGCCCAAAAGCUUUUCGAAGAUGGAAUCUCCUUCGAUCUAGACUAUUCUUUGGGAACAGGCGACGUCUUUCUGACUGAUGGAUUCAGGGAACGGUGGUGUCGCUGUCAUUCAUGUUUUCCCUCUUUGGAGACAAAAUCUUACCUUUUGGAGGAAGAAGACACAUACGAGCCACCAGACGAUCCUGAUUCAGGACUCUCCUUGGAGGAACUGGGCAUGCGAGCGUUGGAACGGCUUCCGCGUGAUAGAGCUAUAGAUGGCAUCCAUGCUUUCAACGAGAUGCGGGAUGGUUUGAAAAGUUUCCUCCGCCCAUUCGCUCAGGACGGCAAGGUCGUUAACGAGUCGGAUGUUCGGGAGUUCUUUGAAUCACUAAAGGAGGCUGCGAAGAAGGGGCAAUAG